AUGCCAAUUGUUCAAGAAUCACCAAAAGAAGUGGAUACUGUUUUAAAAAAUCAGUCAACCAAUGCAAGCACAAACACAAACACAAAUAAACAACAAUUUCGAGAAUCACCAGAAUUUACAUUAUCAAAUGUAUUAGACGAUAUCAAACAAGGUAUAAUUGCCUUUCUUAUUAAUCCCAAAGUAACAAUUAUUGUAUAUCCUAUAAUCAUAUGUUUAAGUUCUAUAUUAACCAAAAUUGUCAUUAAUAAAAUUUCAUAUACUGAAAUUGAUUUUAUUACUUAUAUGCAACAAAUUAAAUUAAUUAAUCAAGGUAUAAUUAAAUAUAGUGAAAUUGAAGGAGAUUCAGGACCAAUUGUAUAUCCUGGUGGGUUUGUCCAAAUUUAUCAAUUUAUUCAAUGGUUAAUCAGUAGUAGUAGUAGCAGUAGUAGUAGUACUGGGGAGGAAAUAUUGUCUUAUGAUGUUAGAGAAGCACAAUAUAUUUUCAGUUAUUUAUUUACUACUAGUAUAAUUUUCAAUUGUUUGAUAUAUAUUAAUUUAAUUAAUAUCCCACCAUGGACAAUAUAUUUAUUUUUGUUGAGUAAACGAUUGGUAUCGAUUUAUGUUUUACGAUUAUUUAAUGAUUGUUGGACAACUUUAGCUAUAUUGGGAGUGAUUUUAAUAUUACAACAAGCUAGUACUAACAUCACGGAAGAUUGGUUGGUAUAUUUAUUGGUGAUAUUGGCAAGUGAUUUAUAUAGUAUUGCCAUAUCGAUAAAAAUGAAUGCAUUAUUAUAUUUUCCUGGGUUUAUCAUAAUUGUUUAUUUCUUAUUGGAUGAAAGUUUAAUUAAAUCAACAAGUGUUUUAAUAGUGAUGAUAUUUAUCCAAAUUAUAAUGGGUUGGCAAUUUUUAUUACCAUUGGAAUUGUUUAAUAAUGAUGUGGAUGUUAGAAGAAUGGCAUCGAUUAUAAGAUGGGAUUAUAUUAAUCAAGCUUUCAAUUUUAAACGAAAAUUCUUAUAUGAAUGGACCGUAAAUUGGAAAUUUUUAUCAAUUGAAACUUUCACAUCAGAUGGAUUUGCUAAAUUAUUAUUGUUAUUACAUGUUUUCACCCUCUUGGUUUUCAUUAUCACCAGAUUUUUGAAUUCUCGUAUCACAGGCAAAUCAAUCACUAGUUUAAUUUAUCAAAUUGUGUUACCAUUUUCUUCUUCUUCUUCUUCUUCUAAAUCAUCAUCAUCAUCAAAUGGUAAUAAUUCAAACUUGAUUAAAAAUCCUCAAUCAGGUCCACAAUUAAUUUUCAUUAUUAUGUCAAUUACUAAUUUAAUUGGUAUUUUAUUUGCUAGAUCUUUACAUUAUCAAUUUUUAAGUUGGUAUGCUUGGUCAUUACCAGGAUUAUUAUAUUUGAAUUUCCCAAUUUAUUUUGCCUUGCCAAUUUGGUUUGUUCAUGAAUGGUGUUGGAAUGUUUUCCCUAGUAAUUCAAUUAGUUCAAUUACAUUAGUUAGUAUUUUAUCAUUGAUUAUUGGUGCAACUUGGUGGAAUUUUGAUCAUUGGKUUCCCACCAUCAGUCAAUUUAUCAUCUACUUCUAA